AUAUCUUCUUUUCCAAUUGAAAAUAUUUGAUGUUAAACAAAUAAUAUAAGAAAAUAUUUUAUGUUAAAACAAUCACGGUGCUUCCUUCUUCUUCACCACCGCGGGAAGGAGAGCUCCGCCGCUUGCCACCACCAUAUUUGGUAAGCUCUCAACCUCUCAUUGCUCCUUCUUAGUCCAGAUGAUACAUGCAUGAAGCUUUUGCAGAGUUAGCUUACCACCGUUCUCGUCGCUAGUUUUGGCGCCAUGGAUCUUCAAAGUCUCGCUGGUAUACUCCAUGCUGCUCUCAGCCCCAACCCCCAUGAACGGAAGGAAGCUCUGCACAGCUUGGAUCAGCUUCAGUAUGCACCUCAGCAUCUGGUGAGGCUGAUGCAAAUCAUUGUAGACAACAACUGUGACAUGGGUGUACGACACGUUGCUAGCAUUCAUUUCAAGAACUUUAUUGUGAAGAAUUGGUCUCCUAUUUAUGGGUCUGAUGUCCAACAUAGGAUGUUGCAGAGUGAUGAAGACAUGGUGAGGGAUAACAUUCUCAUAUUUAUCACCCAAGUUCCUCCUUUAUUGAGGAUACAACUUGGGGAAUGCCUAAAAACAAUCAUAAAUUCUGAUUAUCCUGUAAAGUGGCCUCAUCCUCUUGAAUGGGUGAAGCAUAACUUACGGUGUGAAGAAGAAGUAUAUUGUGCCUUAUUUGUGCUGCAGAUUCUCUCUAAAAGAUUCAUGUUAAUUUCAACUAAGAAGGGGGCACCUGGUUAUCACAUUGUUGAGGAAACAUUUCCCCACCUUCGAUAUAUAUUUAACAGGCUUGUCCAAAUUGUUAAUCCAUCACUUGAAGCAGCAGAUUUAAUCAAGUUUAUCUGCAAAAUAUUCUGGUACUCCAUACAUGUAGACAUUCCGCAACAUUUGUUUGAUCAAGACAUCUUCGAUGUUUGGAUGGUAUCUUUCCUGAAUUUACUAGAGAGGCCUGUACCCUCAGAGGGCCAGCCUGUUGAUCCUGAGCUUAGAAAAUCUUGGGGUUGGUGGAAGGUAAAGAAAUGGAUAGCUAACAUUCUAAAUAGGCUCUUCACUCGUUUUGGUCAGUUCGAGAUGGUGUUUUCUCAACGCACAGUCUUCACAAUGUUUCAUAAGCAUUAUGCAGGGAAGAUCUUAGAGUGCCACUUAAAUUUGUUAAAUGUCGUUCGUUUUGGGGAUUAUUUACCUGACAGAGUUAUCAACUUGAUUCUUCAAUAUCUAACCAUCAGUAUUUCAAGGAGAAGUUUGUAUGCUCUAAUUCAACCUCGGCUUGAUGUCCUACUUUUUGAGAUAAUUUUUCCAUUAAUUUGCUUCAACGAUAAUGAUCAAAAGCUUUGGGAUGAAGAUCCACAGGAAUAUGCAAGGAAAGGCUAUGACAUAUUUGAAGAUAUGCAUAGCCCUAGUACUGCUGCAAUGGAUUUUGUGAGUGAGUUGGUCCGAAAACGUGGGAAAGAAAAUCUUCAAAAGUGUAUUCAAUUCAUAGUUGAAACUUUCAAAAGGUAUGAUGAAGCUUCUAUAGAAUAUAAGCCCUAUAGACAGAAAGAUGGUGCUCUUCGUGUUUUUGGGACACUUCAUGACAAAUUCAAGGAGAUCGAGCCAUACAAAUCUGAACUUGAGCACAUGUUAGUGCAUCAUGUCUUUCCUGAGUUAAACAGUCCUGUUGGCCACCUUCGAGCUAAGGCGGCAUGGGUUGCAGGACAAUAUGCCCAUAUUAGCUUCUCAUAUCAGAACAAUUUCCAGAGGGCAUUGCAGUGUAUUGUGUUAAGAUUACAGGAUUCUGAACUUCCUGUGCGCGUUGAUUCUUUUGUUGCUUUGCGUUCUUUCAUUGAAGCAUGUAAAGAUAUGAAUGAAAUCUUUCCCAUUCUUCCUCGACUCCUUGAUGAGUUUUCCAAACUUAUGAACGAGGUUGAGAAUGAGGCCCUUGUGUUUACUUUGGAGACAAUGUUGGACAAGUUUGGGGAAGAUUUUACGCUUGCACUGUACUAUAAUUUGGCAGGUGUGUUUUGGAGACGUAUGAACACUAUAAAAGAUGAUGAUGAAGCUAGUCGUAAUCGAGCCACAGGAAGCGGCUGCUUACGUGCGAUUAGCAUAAUCCUUGAAUCAGUGAGCUGCCUUCCUGACCUUUUUGUUCAAAUUGAGCCAACUUUUGUUCUGAUAAUGCGAAGAAUGUUAACAAACAAUGAUCAAGAGUCAUUUAAAAAAGUUUUGGAGAUUUUGUCACAUGUAACUUGCUUCUCUCGAACAAUAUCACCAGAUAUGUGGAGUCUUUGGCCAUUGAUGAUGGAAGCACUGACAGAUUGGGCUACCAAUUUCUUUCCAAAUGCUUUAGUUCCUAUUAACCACUACAUUUCAAAGGGAACUGCUCAUUUCCUUACUUGCAAAGAACCCGACUAUCAACAGAGUCUGGGGAACGUGAUUUUAUCCGUAAUGUCAGAUAAAAAUAUGGAGGAUAAUAAUAUUGUGACAGCCUUAAAGCUUAUUGAAGUUGUCUUACAGAAUUGCAGAGGACAAGUGGAUCAUUGGGUCUCUCCUUUUAUUAGCAUUACGGUUGAACGCUUGCGUCAAACUGACAAAUCCUAUUUGGAAUGUCAUUUCAUACAAAUGAUUGCAGAUGCUCUUUAUUACAAUGCAACCCUUACUAUCAGCAUAUUGAAAAAGUUAGGUGUUGUCUCAGAAAUCUUCCAUCUCUGGUUUGAUUUGCUGAGCCAAGUCCAGAAAAAUGGUAGUCGUGCUAAUUUCAGAAAGUCUGUUCAUUUUCCCUCUCUGAAACAUGAGAGGAAAGUUUGCUGCCUUGGUUUAACAUCAUUACUUACAGUCCCAGCUGAUCAAUUGCAAGAGUUGGCUUUAGGCGACAUGCUCUGCGCCACUCUUGAUGCUCUACAUGUCUACAAGGAUCAAAUUAACGGAACUUUAAGAGAUAAAAAAUACUACGAAGAUGAAGAUGGCGGUGAUGGUUUAUAUGCCUCUGAUGAUGAGAUGUACUAUGGUUUUCCCAAUGAUGGGUAUCAAGCUAAUGCUAUCACACUUGGAAAGUGUUUUGCACGGGCAACAAAGCCAUUCAACCCCCACGGCGGUGGUGAUUCAGGUGAUGAAUAUAGUGAUGAUGAUGAAGAGUUGCAGUCCCCAGUUCAAGAGGUGAAUCCUUUAGUUUUCUUUGUGGACACGCUCAAAGCGAUGCAGUCAUUAGAUCCAUCAGGGUUCAAGAAUCUCCACCAAACACUUGAUCCUGUUUAUCAACACAUUGCUAGAAAUAUAGCUAGAAGUGCAGAAGAGAUUGAGAAUGAAAAAUUAGAGAAGGCAAUUAUCAAUAUGUCGCUACAAGAAUAGCUAGAAGAGCAGAGACUGAAAAGGAAAAAUUAUACAAGAUAACCGUUGCCACAAUUGGAUGUACAUAAACUAAUGUGGGUAUGAUUUAAGUGAUGAAAAUAUUUGGUCAA